CGAACGAUAACCCGACUCUGCUAACUGCGCCAUCAAUUAUUUACAAGCUCAUUGCUCGGCUAGUUCUCGAUCAUGAGCGGUUACAAGAAGGACGAGGAUAUCGAGGCAACUCCUUUCACGUCGAUCGAUAAGACGACUGUGUUCCAGGAAGCUAGGAUCUUCAAUUCCUCGCCUAUCUCGCCCCGGAAAUGCCGCACCCUCCUCACUAAGAUCGCAUACCUCCUUUCCACCUCGACCUCCUCCGCACCCGUCUUCACCAAAGAGGAAGCGACGCAGCUCUUUUUCGGUGUCAGUAAGCUUUUCCAGAACAAGGAUGCUGGAUUGAGGCAGAUGGUCUACGUCGUCAUCAAGGAGUUGGCGAGUGUUGCCGAGGAUGUCAUCAUGGUCACGAGUUCGAUCAUGAAGGAUACAGCUAUGGGAAGCGAUGUCGUGUUCAGACCUAAUGCCAUCAGAGCAUUGUGCAGAGUUAUUGAUAGUACUACCGUCCAAGCAAUCGAGCGACUCAUCAAGACCGCGAUCGUCGACAAGCAUGCUUCUGUUUCGUCCGCCGCUCUGGUCUCCUCUUUCCACCUUCUUCCUAUCGCGUCCCCGAUCAUCAAGCAUUGGGCCAACGAGACGCAGGAAGCCGUCACCGCGUCAAAGAUCAUCACCAUGAAUGGACAGCAACUCAGCGGUGGAAGUUCGAUCGCUCAGUACCAUGCCCUCGGCUUGUUGUACCAGAUGAGGAGUGGAGACCGUAUGGGCGUCAUCAAGAUGAUUACCCAAUUCGGCUCCUCAGGCUCCAACAACUCCGGCGGAGGAAUGAUGGGUAAAUUGCUCGGAGGCGGUGGAAACGGCUCGUUGAAGUCUUCGGCUGGAUUGGUCAUGUUGAUCCGUUAUGCCGCCAAAAUCGCUGCCGAGGACCCGAACCAGCGCGCAAGCAUGGUCGGUAUCAUCGAGUCCCUCCUUCGUCAUCGCUCGGAUAUGGUCAACAUCGAGGCGGCAAAGGCCUUGCUCGACAUACCCAACGUACAAGAAUCCGAGGCACAAGCCGCGGUCACCUGUUUGCAGCUCUUCCUUACAAGCCCCAGGUACGCCGCCAGAUUCGCAGCGAUCAGGACCUUGAACAAGUUUGCGAUGAGGAACCCUGCCGCGGUUAGUGUCUGUAACCCCGAUAUCGAGGGCAUGAUCGCAGACAGUAACCGGAGUAUCGCAACCUUUGCUAUCACCACCCUCCUCAAGACCGGAAACGAGGCUUCUGUCGAUAGGUUAAUGAAGCAGAUCCAGGGUUUCAUGGGCGACAUCUCGGACGAGUUCAAGGCCACCAUCGUCGACGCCGUGAGGUCUCUCGUGCUCAAGUUCCCCGCGAAGCAGGGUAUCAUGCUCGCUUUCUUGAGCGGCGUGUUGAGGGAUGAGGGUGGUUACGACUUCAAGAGAUGUGUCGUCGAGGCUGUGUUCGACAUGAUCAAGUUCGUGCCGGAAAGUCGUGAGGAGGCGUUGAGUGUCUUGUGUGACUUUAUCGAGGAUUGCGAGUACUCCAAGCUUGCUGUACGAAUCUUGCAUCUCCUUGGACAGCAGGGACCGGGUAUGCCUAUGCCGAGGAAGUAUAUCAGGUACAUCUACAACCGAGUCGCGCUCGAGAAUGCGUUGGUUAGGGCUGCGGCGGUAUCCGCCCUCGCGAGGUUCGCGGUCGGAGAUGUAGAUCAGGGCGUCAAGACCAGCGUAAAGGUCUUAUUGGCGAGAUGUAUGGAUGAUAUCGAUGACGAGGUGCGUGAUCGUGCUGCGUUGGCCUUGAGGUGUGUCGAGAACGAGGAAAUGGCAAACAAGUUCGUCAAGAACGACGCGGUCUUUUCCCUGCCUGUCCUGGAACAGCAGCUCGUUCUUUACGUGUCUGAUACCGGAUCAUUCGAGAAGCCUUUCGAUAUUAAGCAGGUUCCUGUUAUCACAAGAGAACAGGCCGAUGCGGAGGCUUUCCAGAAGAAGACGCAGGCGACUACUAUUGUCGGCUCGACAUUCGGUACUGACAAGCCUGCUGCCAAGGCAGCUGCUACUGUUGCUUCCGUCGGUGGAGCAAGCGCACCGGUCGAGGAUGCUACGAGUCGGUAUGCUCAGGCUUUGGCUGCUGUACCCGAAUUCAGCAGCUACGGCGCAGUUCUGAAGAGCUCCAGGGAGGUCGAGCUUACGGAAAGGGAAAUGGAGUAUGUCGUCAGUGCCGUCAAGCACGUCUUCAACGAGCACAUCGUCUUGCAGUUUGACGUCCAAAACACCAUUCCCGAUACUAUGCUCGAGAACGUAUCGAUGGUUGCGGUACCGGAGGAUGAGGAGUCACUUGAGGAGGAGUUUAUCAUUCCUUUGCCGACGCUGACGGAGGGCGUGCCCGGGACUAUUUACGUUGCGUUCAGGCGUGUGGAGCCUGAGAUGUACCCCAUCACUUCAUUCACUAACACGCUCAAGUUUACCACGAAGGAGGUUGAUCCAACCACAGGAGAGCCCGAAGAGACCGGCUUCGAUGACGAAUACCAGGUCGAGAACCUCGAGCUCGUUUCCGGCGACUUCAUCUCACCAACAUUCAUCGGUUCCUUCACACAAGCCUGGGAUGCCCUCGGCCCCGCAAACCAGGCAACGGAGACGUACGCCCUCUCCUCCCUCCCCUCACUCGCCGAAGCAACGAAAAACGUCGUCGAGGUCUUGGGUAUGCAGCCACUGGAAGGCACCGACUCGCCCACCUCCACGACAACGCAUGUGGUCAAAUUGAGUGGGCGGGCGACGGGUGGGGAGAAGGUGUUGGCGAGCGUGCAGAUGGUGUUUGCGUCUCAGCGGGGAGUUACGGUCAAGAUUACGGCACGGGCGGAGAGUGAGGGUGCGGCUGCGUUGGUGGUGAAUGGGAUUGCAUGAGGGAAAAGCGGUAGUGCUUGCUGGGAGGAAGCGUAGAACAGUUAACUUUUAACUACUUGCCAAUUAACGCAACGCACGCACGCUCACGCUCACGCUCAAUGACAAGGUCGCGCGCGCGGGCCAAGUGACGAUGACGUCACCACGAGAAUUACUUAAAGAGUCACCCGGAGCCAGCAGCACCGACGCAUACACUCCCCACCAACACACCGACGCAUACACUCCCCACCAACACACCGACGC